CGGGCCGCGCCAUCUUGUCGGGGGCGGAGCGGGCCCCGUCCCGCCCCGUGCUCUGCCUGCCGGGGCCGCCCGGCCCCGCCGCACUCGCCGCGGAGACCGAGGGGAGCGGAGCCGCAGCCCCCAGCGCCAUUGCCGCUCUCCGCCCGCCAUGGCAGGAGCCGUUGAUGCAAGCGACACCCUGAUGUCCCAGCUGGAUUACUGAGCUGCUGUGUGAUUCCUGGAGCUGCUGCUGUUGGAAUAAGGAGCUGUCCUUAGUUCUUGGCCUGUCCCAGAAGCACCUCCUGGGUGCUGCAUGCAAGUCCUGGACGUGCUGGAAACGAUGGGGAUUGGCAAGAACACCACGUCCAAGUCGGUGGAGGCAGGAGGCUCCACAGAGGCCAAAUACGAGGAUGAGUCCAAGCACCCCACUUUCUUCACCCUGCCUGUUGUGAUAAAUGGUGGAGCCACAUCCAGCGGUGAUCAGGACACAGAGGACACAGAGCUGAUGGCCAUCUACACCACAGAGAAUGGCAUAGCAGAGAAGAGCUCCCUGGCUGAGACCCUGGACAGCAGUGGCAGUUUGGAUGCCCAGAGGACUGACAUGAUUUACACCAUUGAAGAUGUUCCUCCUUGGUACCUCUGCAUAUUUCUGGGCUUGCAGCACUACCUGACGUGUUUCAGCGGGACCAUCGCCGUGCCCUUCCUGCUGGCCGAUGCCAUGUGCGUGGGCUUCGACCAGUGGGCCACCAGCCAGCUCAUCGGGACCAUCUUCUUCUGCGUGGGCAUCACCACCCUGCUGCAGACCACCUUCGGCUGCAGGUUACCCCUGUUCCAAGCCAGUGCUUUUGCUUUCUUAGCACCUGCCAGAGCAAUUCUCUCUCUGGAGAAGUGGAAGUGCAAUAACACAGAUCUAACAGUUACAAACGGAACAGCAGAGCUGCUGCACACGGAGCACAUCUGGUACCCCCGGAUACGAGAGAUCCAAGGUGCCAUCAUCAUGUCCUCGCUGAUCGAGGUGGUGAUCGGGCUGCUGGGGCUGCCCGGGGCUCUGCUGCGCUACAUCGGGCCCCUGACCAUCACCCCCACCGUGGCCCUCAUCGGCCUCUCGGGCUUCCAGGCUGCUGGGGAGCGAGCUGGCAAGCACUGGGGCAUCGCCAUGCUGACUAUUUUCCUAGUAUUGUUGUUUUCUCAGUAUGCCAGAAAUGUCAAAUUUCCCUUGCCCAUUUAUAAAUCCAAGAAAGGAUGGACAGCAUACAGGCUGCAGCUUUUCAAGAUGUUCCCUAUCAUCCUGGCCAUCCUGGUGUCGUGGCUGCUGUGCUUCAUCUUCACGGUGACGGACGUGUUCCCCCCGGACAGCUCCAAGUACGGCUUCUACGCGCGCACGGACGCGCGGCGCGGCGUGCUGCUGGUGGCGCCCUGGUUCAAGGUGCCCUACCCCUUCCAGUGGGGACUGCCGACCAUCUCUGCCGCGGGGGUGAUCGGGAUGCUGAGCGCCGUCGUCGCCAGCAUCAUCGAGUCCAUCGGGGAUUACUACGCCUGUGCCAGGCUGUCCUGUGCUCCUCCUCCACCCAUCCAUGCCAUAAACAGGGGGAUUUUCAUCGAGGGUCUCUCCUGUGUUCUGGAUGGAGUGUUUGGGACUGGGAAUGGAUCCACCUCUUCCAGCCCCAACAUUGGGGUCCUGGGCAUCACAAAGGUUGGCAGCCGCAGGGUGAUCCAGUACGGAGCAGCCUUCAUGCUGCUGCUGGGCAUGGUGGGCAAGUUCAGCGCUCUCUUCGCGUCGCUGCCCGACCCCGUGCUGGGGGCUCUCUUCUGCACCCUCUUCGGGAUGAUCACGGCCGUGGGUCUGUCCAACCUCCAGUUCAUCGAUCUGAAUUCUUCUCGGAAUCUCUUUGUUCUCGGAUUUUCCAUUUUCUUCGGGCUCGUCCUCCCGAGCUAUCUCAAACAGAACCCCCUGGUCACAGGAAUAGCAGGCAUUGAUCAGGUGCUGAACGUCCUGCUCACCACAGCCAUGUUCGUCGGGGGCUGCGUCGCCUUCAUCCUGGAUAACACCAUCCCAGGAAGCCCUGAAGAAAGGGGAAUACGGAAAUGGAAGAAAGGGGUUGGUAAAGGAAGCAAAUCCCUGGAUGGCAUGGAAACGUAUGAUCUGCCUUUUGGCAUGAACUUCAUUAAAAAAUACAGAUGUUUCAGCUUCCUGCCCAUCAGCCCCACCUUCAUGGGAUACACGUGGAAGGGCUUCAGGAAAAGCAGUAACUGCAGGAGUUCAGACGAAGACUCAGAAGCUACAGUAUAGCCUUAGCUGAAAUUAUAUUAUCUAGUUGUAGUUAAAGAUGUAUUUGCAGUUUCUUGCUGAUUAAGAAGCAUUAAAAUAUAUGUUUUGUAUAUCUGCAUUUAAAUUCUGGAACCAGAGCUGAGACGGAUUAAAAAAAAAAAAAAAAAAAAAGGAAAAUUAAAAAAAAAAAAGCUUUUCCUGCUGUGGGUGGUGGGAGCCAGGUCUAGUGUCUCUGGGGCAAAUCCCACUGAUUUUUGGGAAGUUGUAGAGAGCUGUGCACCUAACUCUGUGGGUUUUAAAUGGGUUUAGGUGGAGGUGUGGAAGUGCUGCUGCAAACCUUUUGUUUUAUGGUGAUUUUAUUGAAGCCCUCAGUGUUGGUUCUGCCAGGAAAGCUGAACCUUGGAGAAGGAGGAGGGGGAAAAAAUGAAAAGGAAAAAUAUUUUCUUCUGAUCAUGUCAAAUCCCAUAGAUGCUGUUCUGCCACUCAGUGAUUUGCACAUUCCAUGGAAAACGGGCUCAGCUGAUGCUCGCAAAUCAUGAGAGUUUAAUUCUGAAUUAUCUCUGAUUUCAGUGACACAUCCAGUGCUCAGACAGGAAGUUUCUGGAAUAACUUUGCCCUUGAAAACCGUGACAGCCUUGGCUGGCACAGUGCUGCAUCAGCCACUUACUUUAUUGACAGCAUUUCUGAUUUUUGAACGUUGCUUUCCCCUGGGAUUCCCUCAGCUCCCCGCAGUGCCUGGGGUUUCCUUACGGACACACAAGCCUGGGGUGUUCCAGGGCUGGGAACCUGAACUCAGACAGGACCUGGGGGCUGCGUUUCAGCUCAGUGCCUGUGUCCAGCACGAUGUUUCCUGGCCAGAAAUGCUAAUUAGCUGAGCAGCUCCAAGCAAUUAACAGUUGUUCCCUUGCAGGGAAAGCCACAUGCUCCGAACGCUGCUGGCACUCCUGGCUUGGCCUGAGCAGGUUUUUUUUUGCUGAUGCUGCACAAGGCUCUUCUCCUUUUGUGGGGCUUCUCCAGAGGCUGAUUGCCACUGGAAAGGGGGUUUGGGACAGCAGAGACACUGACCUGUCAGCCUCACCCACCGGGUGGCUUCACGGGUAUUGGGUCCAAUCAGGGCACCACUCAGAUAUCUCUUUUUUUUUCCUGGAAUAGUCUCAGCUCUGCUGUUAUGUGGGUGUUCACGCUCAUCAUGCAUUCAUGAUUAACAGUUUUAUUCCUGUUUAAUGUUCUUACUAUUGCAAGUUAGUUUUAGACUUCAGUGUGGCCCCAAAAGCAUUUUCAGCUGUGGAGAUCAUCAGGGAAAUGUUGUGUAAUGUAAUUUCAAGGCCAGUAAUGCUCUACGGUGCUUGCGUUUUGUAUUCCUGGAAAAUCAUAACAGUAGCUCCUGUAACCCCCUGAUAUAUUUAUCCAAGUUUGACUACUGGACAGGAGCACAGGAACUCUGUUUUCUCUGAGUCUGCUCCCAGGGGAAUUUGUUCUGGGUUAUUGAAGCAUGGACGGGUUGGGGUGGGGAGGGCAAGGACAGAGCUUGACGGAUCAGUACUGAGUAGUGUAGAGUUGGAAUGAUUCCGUGGAUAUCGUUCUCAGCAUGCCAUGGCUGUUUCCAGAAACUGUUUUAUCCCGCUUUUCCCAUGUCCAAGCAUGCCUUUGUUCCUGCUUCCUUCGGGGAACCUUCAGUAGUUUGCAGUCUUGGUGUCAGUUGGACUCGAGAGCUGGUCGGAAGAGUCGUUGUGUAGUAGACGAGGUUGGUUUGCCUGUGAAACAAAGUCGUUUUUGCUCAUUUUUCAGUGUUUCCUCUCCAGCUACUGAGGUGUUGGAUUCCCAUGCCCGCCUGCACACGGUUUGGGUGCGGGAACUUCUGAUCAGUGGCACGAAGCUUCCAAAUUCCCCAGCUUUCUGUGCAACCAAAGGUGUGUGGCAGACAGGGAGGGGUUAAAAAUACCCAUCCGAAAGGAAAACAAAAGCCACCUCUGGUGGGGUUGUGGUGAUGUCCAAUGCCAAAGUUGGUUAUCCUGUAAAAGUGGAGGAAGGGAGGAAAAAGCUUUUGAUUUCCAGCUAGCUCCAGAGAGAGGAAGGCACUAGAGCAGAGUUUGUCUCUCACCCUGUUGGGAGAAAUGUGGGUGCAUUCUAAUGGUGAUUCCCAAGACACUCCAAGUCCCAGGGCAGCAAACCCCAGGACAAUUCUCUCUCCUCCCUGGAGCAGAACACCCCUCCUUCCUUGCAGCACUCUCCGAGCACGUGCAGUCCAAUUAUCUGCUGGAUUUAAUUCUUUCUGUGACUCCUGCCCAUUCCCCCCACCGAGAGCAGAGCAGCCCCAGCUGGCCCCUGGCCACGGGCAGCAGCUGGAGUCAGGGUCAGUGUGGAGCCCAGCUGGUCAAUGGGACAAAUCCUCACCUUUUCCAGGGUGGGUGGUUAAAGGUGAGCCCCAGGCUGGGGAAGGACACCUGGGUGUGCAGGAGGGGCUGGGCUGAGGUGGGCACAGGAGCCGUGGGAAGAGGAGCCCCCACAGAGGAGAUGGGGGAAAUGCCCGUGUUCACCUGGGUUUGUGCAGGUGCAGGGGGGAUUUUGGACCUGAAAUCCUUCUCCCACCUCCCCUUUUCCUGCUCACUUUCCCAAGUGGCUGCUGUGAGGUUUCAGGGAGCCUGUGCCAAGCUGCUGGCAGGGGUGGUAGAGGAGGAGGCUGCAGUUUUAGGGAGCUUUAAACACGAGUUGUGUGUGCUGGGGACAUCCAGGUGGACCCUGACUGCCAGUGCAAUGCUUUUCCUCUCUGUCCUUUCCUGCCUUUCCAACAGGCAAACUCCAACCACCCAGGGAAGGCAGCAGCUGAGAGUUGAGUCAAGAGGUGAUGAGAAGUUUCAACCAAAUUUUGAGAGGGAAGGGCAAAUAUUCAUGGUAGAAAUCUCAUUUUGUCAUAUCAGAGAUAGUAUCAGUGUAAACAAAGAAAGUUACUUGGGAUUUUUGUAAUUGAUAUUCUCUUGUAUUUUUUUUUAGGUUAAAUUAAGGGUUCUUGCUGACAUGUUGAAACACGUUUUCUAAAGCAAUUACUUGCAAAUUAUGCCUAUAGAAAUUUAGGCUUCGUAGCUGACAGCUAUGACUGAUUAACAUUGUCAUAUUGGAGGGACUUCACCACGUACCUCGCUCAGAAAGCUCAACCUUUUCAACCCAAAAUUUGCUUUUAUUGCCUUUUAAUACUGACUUGAAAUAUGACAACUUGGUUUGUACAUGAAUAUUGCAGUAUUUUAUUUCCAUAUAUUAAGAAAAUAACAUUUCCGCUCAGGAUAACGGCAGCGGUUUUCCUGGGAGGGAGUGGUAUGAGUGUCAUGACAAUGUCAUGUGAUGGUAGAAUUUCUUCAUUGACGAAUCUAUAGUGGUUGUGUAUACUUUAUUUACCCAUGUUUGUGUUCCUACCCAAAACUGGAGGGUUUUAUUGUUUCCUCCCUGCUGAGUCCUCAGGGCUCCUGGGGCAGAAUUGGAGAAAAACCCUCAGUGACGCCCUGAGGAGCACCAGUGAGUGUGACCCGUCACUUACACCCAAAAAGUGUGGAAAUCCUGUCAUUUUGGGUACAAACAGCACCCCAGGCACUCGUGGUGGCAGAGCCUGGUGUCUGCUGAGCCCUUGGAUGCCUCCACCCCCCCUCAGCAGCCUGUGCUUGCCAGAACCGCUGGGUUGAUGUGUGAAACGCCUGUGUGAGACCAGCACCACCUUCACCUUGCUUCUCUGUGGCCUUCUUCAGCCAAAAGCUGCUCUUUUUCUUCCCUUUCCUUUCAUUUUUUGAAGCGGGGGCAGUGGAGGGUCACUCAUUUUUUGCAGCAAAGCCCCACUUGGUGCAGUUUCUCUGUUUUUGGGGGAGAUCCCAGGGCUGGGUGAGAGUUGGGAUCGGUGUUGGAGCCACCCCGAGCAUUCCUGGCUGGAAUUCCCGCGGGGCUGUGGCUGUGCAGUGACACCCAGGGUGGCAGGGAGAGCUCGGGUGGCCUCUGCCCUUCCUGGGCAAUCCUCGUGCUGCCAGUCCAAAUAAUUCCUGUAUUUGUCUGUUUAGAACAACCUCUGGCAUAACAAACUAUUGACUGUUCUUAGGCGGUGGGGAUAAAUUUUGUUUUUUCCAUGACUUUUCGUGACUGACUUUGGCUGUAAAACUUUUUUUGUUCAACAGCAAAAGUUUCUUUGGGGGGAGGGAUGGUUUGAUUUUUUUUUGUUGUUCUUGUUUCAAGAUGUGUAAUUCUUUUACAGAGUUUUUUUUUAAUUAUUAUUCCUUUUUUUUCUAACAUUGCUUCAUUAAACAACUAAAUAUUUAAAAAUGUAAUAUUUGGACCAGAUGUUGUGAAUAAUAGUAGAUAAAGCUAUUUUAUUCUGUAUUUUUAAAGCUGUUCAGUAUAAAUAAAUGCAGGCAUAGAUGCA